AUGGAGGAUAUUCAGUCGCCGUCAUUCUAUAUGAACGACACAACGCCUACCAAGCUCGCCGACGUUGAUAGGAUUGAAGAGGGAGCUAUUCUCAACCUUAUUCCCCCACAACACGUUAUCACGAAGCUCUCUAAGGCCCUCCGCACGGCUCUGACGGAAAUUCAGCUCCAAAAAGAUCAGAUCAACCUGAUGACGGCUGCUGCUCAGAAGAAAGCCUUGAUGUCGCAAAGCAAGCGCCAAAUCAACCACCCAAUUGGCGAGCCUCGUAAUUCAGAGGUCAAAUACAUGCGGGCCGCUGUCAUGGCGAGAAAAACGCGUGAAGAUGCGGCCCUGGAGCGUAAAAAGACGCGUGAAACCAAAAAACGAGCUGAACUAAUUACAGCAGCUUCCGUGCCUAAGAUCACCCCCCAAACAGAGGUGGAGGAGUCUGAUUUCUCAGAGGCUGUGAGCUACGAUAGCAAUGAUGUUAUAGAUUAA